UGAAGAAUCGGCAAAGGACCAUUGCUUGGAAGCCUGGCAAACCUUUCAUGUCGGAGAACCUCUUUUUCCGGACCAUCAAUAUAGGUCGUCUGUUGCCUACGAGUCUCAUGGAUUCUAGGGUCCAGAUGUACGUGAUGAAGGGGCUGUGGGCUUAUAUGGAGUGGUAUGGGAAUACGGUGAGUUGCACUAAUAUCAGUUAUAUCACAAUCCUUGGGCUGAUGCACCAUAUGCUGGUUUUCCAGAAUAUGCACGAUUUUUCGGGUGGCGACAUUCCAAUUAUAUGCAGACUGAUAUAAGGAACUCGAGGAUCCUAUGAUGGAUUACUGGGUAGAGCUGAAUGCUGAUAAAUGGACGAAGAAAGAACGCGAGAUGAAAUUCUGUCAAGUCGCCGCCACAGUACUCGGUCGUAACUCUUGCUUCUACCAAGUCAACCUCUGCACCCGUGCCCUCCUUCUCGACAAAGAGGUCGGCUAUGUCUGGCCAUUCACCAUCAUCUUAGAGACUAGGAAGGGCAGCAAGGCUCGUGCGCUCUUUAUUCGCUCCUCCCACUACCCCCACUACCCACCAUCCUCCAUCCUCAACACCCUGCCAAAAAAUGUGGAAGCGCCACUUGCAUUGACUCCAAGUGCAUCGGAAUGUGGUGUAUCGAGGACUGCCGGGGCCUCCAUUAUCCAAGCUUCAUGGCCCAAGAGCUCCAGCACUAUGAAGACGGAGUUGUGUGUAAUCUUUGGGGAUGUGAAGUGGUACAGAGGAGUCUGA